AUGGACGCAGAUAGCGCCGAUAGCGAUGGGAAGGAGACCCUCGUGCGCCGUGCGUGCGACCAAUGCCGACAGAGAAAGAUUCGCUGCGACAAGCGCUCGCCUUGCUCCAACUGCCGCACGUCCAAGAUUAUAUGCAGCUCGACAGGAGCGGGCCAGAAGCCUCGGGAGCCGCGGAAGCGCGUCCUGAUUUCCAACGAAUACGAGAAGAAGAUUGACAAGCUCGACGAGCGCCUCGGUGGGAUUGAGCAGAUCCUCCGAGACAUCAAGACCAGUCUGGGCUCAAAUACAGGGUCUCAGCUGUGCGCGGGUGCGCAUGCAACUCCUGUUUCUAGACAUCUGAGCCCCUCUGGUGCGCAGCAGGAGUAUAACUACGGCUACACCUCUAACCCGCAAGACGCAAUGGACCAGCACGAGUCGAAGAUCGGGUUCGAGGGCAAUUCGCUGAUGGCGACGGAGUCGGCGUAUGCGAGUGACUUCUUGCAGAUCGCGGUGUCGCGGAAUCCGCUGCAGAUGUCUGUUUCGAAGAUCAAUGCUGCGCUGUCGACGCUGAAGCAGCUGGUUAGUAUGCAGGAUAAUCAGCCGGUUUCGACGAGGGAGUUUCCCCUUCCGAAACGGAGUAGGCUUUCGGAUUGUGAUUUGCGCGAGUUGACGAUGCCGCCGAUGAAUGUUGUUAUUCCGUUGUUGCGGAAAGUGAGAGAGAGUUAUGGCAGUACUUUACAGUCGUAUUGUCCGUUUAUACCAUUCGAUCGUCUGUCUGAUAAGUGCCGGGAAGUGUACUUCAACACGGAGGAUUACUCUGAUGCCACAUUCAUUGUGGCGAAUGGGGGACUGUAUCAAAUCUUUGUCGCCGAGAGCUUCAUGUCUGAGGACCGCGCCGUGCGGGAGGAGUAUCAGAGAUAUGUCGAUAUCUGCAAGCACAAUCUCGACACGACGUUAGCGAACUUGCAUCUUCUGAUGCCGGCGACUAGCGAUUCUAUCGAGGCCCUUACGAUGGGGGCUGCCCAUGCAAUCGAAAUCUCCAAGCCUUCCUUUGCAUUAACAUUGACCUCCACGGCAUCCCGCCUGUGCCAGGCCCUGGGGUUCCACCAAAGGGCCUCAUUGGAAAAUAUCCCCACCAAGGACAAAGAGCGGAGGUUGACUCUUUUCUGGUCAAUAUACUGCAUGGACCGAGCUCUUUCACUUCGUUUAGGCCGCGCGGCGACUAUCCCUGACUAUGACAUUGACGUACCUGUGUCAUUUGAGAAUGCCGAUAUCGCCGAACCGUGGAAAACCGCGUAUUCAUUGUGGAUAGAACUCGCCACGAUCCAGGGUCUGGUAUAUGAAAAGCUCUACAGUCCAGCUGCGCUACGCCAGGGCGAGAUGAGUCGAGUAGCGGAGGCGCGCACCCUCGCAGCUCGGAUGCGCGACCGCGUUAUGCAGCCUUUCGAGAACGUGUACGCUAAUAUGAAAAACGUAACUCCAAUCGAGUCGCUGUAUAUCAAAUGCGACGAGGUCUGUCGCUUCUCGCUCCUGACUCUGAUCUACCGAGCCUUCCCCCCGCAGGCAGGCAAGCCAGGAACAUUCAUCGCGGAGUGCAUUGAAACAGCUCGAGCGGCGCUUGAGUCUCACAAGUUGUGCAUGGCGCAGCUAUCAGAGGCAACCGCUGCCUUGAAACUCUCAUAUCUGCACUGGUGA